AAGUUCAAUAGAUUCACUAUUAUGUUAUUAACCCGAUAACUAGCUGGAUCACAACGAAGGUGAUAACUAUUAUGUAGAUUACAAAACUACCGGCACCUCCAUUUUCCUUCGGAUGCCUUAUAUACUCGAGUGACUAUGCAAAUACAACAGUCGAUCGUUGGUUACAAAAAACACUAAGAUGGCUGAAACCAAAGGAAAGUUGUUACGUACCACCGUGAUACUGUGUAUUUUGUUUCCCUUAGCCGUUAAAGCUCAGAACACUAUCGACGAAAAUCAUGUGGUUGUAUUAAACCAAGAAUAUGAUAUCAUAUUGAAAUGGAGAAUUGCUGGAGAUGAUAUUUUCUUUGAAAUGAGUGCUAAAACUUACGGAUACGUUGCCAUUGGAUUUUCUCCAAAUGGUGGCAUGCCUGGCUCUGACAUUGUAGCUGGAUGGGUGAAGAAUGAUGUAACAUUUUUAUCUGCCUAUCAUGCUACCAAAUUCGCCAAGCCAGAUAUCGACUUGUCCAAUGAUUAUGAACUCCUUUACGGAUUUGAAGAAGGCAAUAAAACAACAAUUGGAUUCUCACGAAAGCUACAAACUUGUGACACCAAUGAUUAUACAAUCACAAGUGACACGUCAAGAAUUAUUUGGGCUGUGAAUGAUAAUGAUCCUCCCAACAGUGGUGAUCUGUUGUACCAUGGUACAGCUAGGGGCGUACGAUCUGUCAUUUUGUUGGAUGCUGCAACCAAGCUAAAUGAGCUUCCUAAUGAUGCCAACAGCUUUGAACUUCUGGUAUCUAAUGUGUCUGUGCCGAACGAUGAUACAACCUACUGGUGCACAAGUUUUGCUGUACCUAAAUUUGAAAAGCCUGUUCACCUGUUUCGAUUCGACACCAUUAUCCAAAAAGGCCAUGAAGCUCUUGUUCAUCACAUGGUAUUGGUAGGUUGCAGAGGUAAUGUCUCUUCUAUUACUGGCUGGUCAAAUAUUUGCGAUAGAGACAAAUUUAUGCAAUGCACAGAGAUAUUGUACGCAUGGGCAAUCGGUGCCGGGACGUUCGAGUUUCCAGAGCACGUCGGCUUACUACUUGGUGGAGAAAAUGAUCCCAAUCUAUUUUUUAUUGAAACGCAUUAUGACAAUCCUGGACAUAGGCCUGAUUUUGUGGAUAAUUCCGGGUUUAGAAUUCAUUAUACACCGACUCUUCGACAAUACGACGCUGACAUUUGGUUUUUAGGCGAGGCUUUCAUAGGAAUGGGUCAAAUGAUUCCACCAAAUGAACCCGAUUUCAAAACACAUGGAAUUUGUUUUGGUGAUUGCACAAAAGUGGGCAUUGGGGAAGACAUCAAGGUGUUUGCCGCCUUUCUUCAUGGUCACCUUGCAGCUCGAAAGAUUAACGUGCAGCAUUAUCGUGACGGCAAGCUUAUUCACGAAAUUCGUGACGAUCACUAUGAUUUCAACCUUCAAGAAACACGUCUGUUGACGAAGGAAAGGAUUUUUAAACAAGGUGACGAGUUCGUGGUGACUUGCUCUUACAAUACCAUGGGCAGAACAAAUAUUACGUUUGGAGGUGAAGGCACAACCGAUGAAAUGUGUGUAGCUUUCCUGUACUAUUAUCCAAGACAACCAAAAUUAUAUAACUGCUUAUCCAGUCCGAGUGAGACUAGUUUCAUCAACAUACUUGGACUACAUAAGGACAAUAUGUAAGGAUAUUAACAUCACAAUAAUUCUUAUACUUGUAUCAAAUACUCAUCAUAAUGAUCAUCAACAACAUCAUCCUCCUCAUCAUAAUCAUCUCACAAUCAUAAUCAUCAUCCUUAUCAUUAUCAUCUUCACUAUUAUCAUCAUUAUUACUUAGUCAGCAGCAAGCAGACUGUGUUCUAUUUUUCUAGCGUUCUUAUCCAGUAAGCAGCAGGCAGAAUAGGUUAUGUUUGUUAGCGUUCUUGCGCCUUCAACGAAACUUGGUUAGUAUAACUGGUGAAACAUUCCCAUACGUGGGAUGUCCACCAUUUGGGGUCAAAGUUCACACAGGGGUCAUUAAGGUCAAAUAACCAAAAAUCGUAUAAAAGACUACUCCUGUCACUAAUAAGUGACCCAAGCUCACAAACGGGCUGUAAACUCGUCCUCAGGCCA